CCGGACUCGUUUUGAUGAACAGCUGACAGGUCAAAACGUUGUUUGUGACCAUUAUCUGCUGAAUUUGUGUCGAGCCGUGCUCUCAUUUAUCCUGCCAUGUCUCGCGCUUCAAAGCUCACAUUGGCAGCCACCGGCCUCGGCACAAUGGGUAUUGUCUGGUUUGUCCACUGGGCACAAGAGGCGGAUAGAGCGGCUAUGCACAGAGGUGUCGAACGUGAUAUGGAAAAGCAGCGUGUCCGACUAGAACGCCAGGCCGACUUUGAAAUGCAAAAGGCCCUCGAGCAGGAGUACCUCAAGCUCCAGACGGUACACAGCACCACCGGCGACUCAAAUACAACCAGUCAAAACACGAGUCCGGGAUCAUAAUGACUGUGGAUAUCAUGCUGCAUUUUUUUGCGCGAUCCAGUUUGCGAUUCGGUCUGGAUGCGCUCUGGCUAUACCAAUGAAUUCAACGGCGGCCAGGUUGCUGAUGCAUGGGAACAAGGAGUUAAAGUUCUUUGCAUAUGCGAUGUUGUACAAAUAUUUGAAACAUGUGGUGUAUAUUAUACCCUCAUCUGUAC